AUGGAGUUUGAUACUCUAGAUGAAUUUAAAUCUGCCUUGAGGGAGUAUAGCAUAUUGAUGGGCAGGGAGUUCAAGUGGAAGAAGAAUGAUAAACAGAGGGCUAGAGCAAAAUGCAAGAAGGCAUUUUGUGAUUGGGAAAUCUACUGUGCAAAGAAUGAAGUUAGAAACUCUUUUAAGAUAAAGACAUUUAAGCAUAACCAUAAUUGCUGUAGAGAAGUGAACAACAAACAAGCAAAUAGACAGUGGGUGGUCAGUAAACUUGAGGGCAAACUCAGAAUGCAGCCAACCCUUAAAUGUGUUGAAGCUUUGGAAUAUUUCAAGCAAGAGUUUGGAGUGCACAUUGAAGUUACAAAGAUGUGGAGAGCUAUGAAAGAAGCAAAGCAACUAGUGGAAGGGAAUGAGAGGAAACAAUAUGCCAAAGUAUUUGAUUAUGCACAUGAAUUAUUAAGGAGCAAUCCUGGAUCAACAGUUAAGAUCAACACAGUGCCAAGUCCAGAAGGUCCACCACAAUUGCAGAGGCUAUAUAUUUGUCUUGCUGGCUGUAAGAAGGGGUUUGUUGCUGGAUGUAGACCAUUCAUAGGUCUAGAUGGAUGUUUUCUAAAGAGUGCAUUUGGAGGAAACUUUCUCUCUGAUGUUGGGCUUGAUGGAAAUAACCACAUCUUUGUUAUUGCUUAUGUUGUUGUGGACAUUGAGAACAAAGACAAUUGGAAAUGGUUUUUAACUUUGUUGCAUGAAGAUCUUGAGGAUUACAUACAGAAUGGGUGA